AUGGCUCUUGCAAAGAAGGUCACCAAAAAGCCAAGUAAUGCAUCUUCAGCAACCCUCCAUCCACCUUACUUUCAGAUGAUAACCGAAGCCAUAACAUCGUUGAAGGAUCGGACCGGUUCGAGCCAGCCGGCUAUUGCCAAAUUCGUUGAAGAGAAGUACCCGAAGCAGCUUCCUCCGAAUUUCAAGAAGAUGUUGUCUGUUCAGUUGAAGAAGUUCGUGAAAUCUGAGAAAUUAGUUAAGGUCAAGAACUCCUACAAGGUCUCUACUUCCGAGAUGGUGAAAGUGGUUUCUGUUUCUGCCAAAGAAACCCAGAAAAAGAAAGAUGGAAAGAAGGUUUCUACUACAGGGGGUACUGUCCCUAAAAAGCCUGCAAAACAGGAGUUGAAGACAAAAAGGUUGAGCCAGGUUAAAACUCCUGAUGCUUUGAAGAAGAAGAAAUCAAGUGCAACUAAGGCCAAAAAGGACGUGAAGAGUCCUGUGGGUACGAAGAAGGCUUCGACACCCAUGAAGAGGAAGCCAGUCCCAAAGUCGGUUAAAUCUUCAAGGCCAGCGCCGAAGAAGGUUAAGAAGUAG